UUUACAUAUCAGUCACAUACAGACUUUGGCUCAUCCGUCUUCAUUGAGCCGUAAACCUAAAGAAGACUUUUGCAGCUAAACUGGCCUAUUUGUCCGGACACGUUACAGUAAAGUUCAAGCAAACGUUGACCUGCUCUUUAUUGCUCCCGAGAUUUUCCUUGAAUGCAGGCGCCCACUCAGUGGCUAAUGUGACAGUCAGCCAUCAUGGAAGAACGAAGUCAGAUCAACCUGACCUACAUCACCGAGCGUAUCAUCACUAUAUUCUGUCCUCGUGGGUUUCCAGAGGAUGUGUACCUUCACAGCCUGCAGGAGAUCAUUUCCAUGCUGCAAUCCAAGCAUGGAUACAACUACAUGCUCCUCAACCUUUCCCAGAAGCAUGAGGCGCUCACUCGAAUGAACCACAAGGUUCUGGACACAUGUUGGCAGGACCCUUUGGUCACCGGUCUGGACCAGAUUUUGCAUGUGUGCAGAGAAAUGGAGAACUGGUUACAGGCUGAUCCUAAGCACGUCCUGGUGUUGCAUUGCAGGGGAGGAAAAGGCCUUCUGGGAGUUCUGGUGGCAUCUUACAUUCACUUCAGCAACAUGUCAGCCAGUGCAGACCUCUCUCUGGACCAUUUUGCCAUGUGGAGGUUCUACAAAGACAAGCUGUCCACUGAGAUGACGCCCUCGCAGAAACGGUACGCAUGGACGCUGGGCAGUGUUCUAAAGGGAGGACUGAGGAUGCGCUUCUCACCUUGUUUCCUCCUUUGUGUGGUUCUGCAUGGCCUCCCCAAAAUAGACCCAGAUGGAGGAUGCUGCCUCUUUCUGAGAGUCUAUCAAAGUCUCCAAGCUGUUUGCACAUCACCAGUCUACCACGCUAAUGCUGCUCAGACGAACCGCCUCUACUUUGUACUUCAGCCGGCUCAGCUGCUUAACGGGGACAUCACAGUGGUUUCUUACCAUAAAAACAGCUGGUCAGGGAGUCGGCAGGUUGUCUUCCGUCUUCAGUUUCACACAGGGAUCAUAGCCGGACACACCCUCUCUUUCUCCAAGGCGGACCUUGACUGCGCCUGUGAAGAUUCUUCAUUCCCAGAUGAUGGAAAGCUGGAACUGUUGUUCUCUGAAAGUCCAGAAAGAUUUGCAGGAAGAGAAUUGUGGCACAACGGACCAACUGUGACCGUGGACUAUGACACCUUGGACCCUUUGGUCAGACGUGACUCAUAUAAGGACAUGUCUGAUCUUCAAACAGCUUCUUCCCACUUCCCAGAACUUGGAAAUGGAAGCUUGCACCGCAGAGUGAAAAAGAAGAGUAAAGAGGAAGGACCUUUCCAGUUGUCGAGCCCCAACAGCCCAUGCCGCAGUGACCGAGCUCCAUCUGCCAGCAGCGACUCUGGUCUUUCUGUAGCCUCGCAGGGACUAGGUGGAGCCCGACAGAGAGGCGAGGCCACACAGGACAAGGGCACCCACCCAGGGAAGCUGGUCUUUGGGGCAGACUCUGAUCCUGCCCAGGCUCUCAUGGAGGUCAUGGCACAGCUAGCUUUAUCCAGUGAAGCAGAGGUGGGUGUGACGAUUAACGGAAAGUCUUCAAGUGACAGAGAGACGGAUAUACUGGACGAUGAGGAUGAAGCAGAACAUGCUGUGGAAGGGCCAAGCUCCAGCAGCGGUUGUUCCCUCUUGUCAGAAACACUCAAAGAGAAGUCUACUGACCGUUGGGUACGUCAGCACACGGCACCGGGCGCCAGCGAUAGUUUACCCACAAAGGAUAAGGAAAGAACAACCAAUACCAACAAGCAGCGGCCUUCACUUCUACUCACCCCUCUCACUCCUCCUCAAGGACUCAGCAGCAGGGAGGUAGUCCACACAGUGCCAGUGGAUGGGGUCAGCAAACGAACUGGCAAAGAUCAUACACUCAACAUGGAGCCCUCCUCUUUGUGUCAAGAAGAAGAGCUGGCAGCUCUAACUUCCGAUGUCGAUGAGUCCAUAGAGCAGCUGAAUCAGCUGAUUUUGGACUUGGAUCCCACUUUUGUUCCCGUCUCUACCUCCCUUUCCCCGUUGUCACGCACCACCUCACUACAAACCAACGGUCUCAGCCUCAAAGGAAGUAGCCACCGGUCAGGAUGGAAGCAACAAAGGCAGAUCACGGAUGUGACAGACUACGUUGGGCCUCAGAGUCCAGGAUGGAGCCCUGGAGCUCAGCGCUUUAAAGGUUCUUCAGCCUUCAGCCUGCCCUUCUCACCUUCACAGUAUGGGCGACUCCACAAAACCAGCAGUGUGGACUACCAUGGCCAAAUGCACACAUCUGACCUGGUCCCUCCUACUCCAGCAUUCCCAGUGACUCCUCCAACACCCUACGUGAAACAUUUCUCAGAGGUUUCCCAUCUCAGGACUGGUGGGCAGUGGGAGCACGGUUGGACACAAGAAUCCCGGAGUUUCCUGGACAGCAUGAACCGCAGCAGUGGAGGCGGAUCCACAGAUGGAGAACUGUUCAGGUCAGAUGUCACCUCUGCUUCCUGUCAGAAGAUCUUCGGCUCCAUGUGCUCAGUAUCAUCUGGCAGCCCCCUCCCACACACAGACAGUUCCACUCCUCCUCCUGUAUGGCUUGACCGGACUCCAAGCUCCCUGAACUCCCCGUAUCCUCCUCAGCCCUCACCCCCCCACACCAUCCUCACUCCAAAUGCCCACAGCUCUCCUCUGGACCCUCUGAAAAGUCUGGCAGGGACUUUAGACGUCUGCAAAGGGACAGACAGCACAGACUUGUCCUCGUUGUUGUUGUUAGGGAACGGUGACCUAGAACGCAGCUUGCUUGAGGCCGUGGAGGACCUGGGGAGCCUGAAUCUAGGGGGGGACAGAGGUCCUGCUCCAAUGUUACCCGAGAAGAGAAGAGGGAUGGAGGCGGGAGAGACGGGCUCCCACUCCCCGUCUCUCAGUGGGUUCUCCAGCCCUCACAGCAGCAGCAGCCUCAGCAUCUCCUUUUCACCAUCAACGACCUCUGACCCCUUCAGAGGACUCAGUGGCGCCCCCUCACCGGGAGCAGACUCCAGCAGUAAGCAGGACACUGUGAAGUUUGUUCAGGACACUUCCAAGUUCUGGUACAAGCCCGACAUUUCCAGAGACCAAGCCAUUGCCGUGCUGAAGGACAAAGAGCCCGGCUCAUUCAUCGUCAGAGACAGCCAUUCCUUCCGCGGGGCUUACGGACUGGCCAUGAAGGUGGCCACUCCCCCUCCAACUGUGCUGCAGCACAGUAAAAAAGGAGGAGAUCUGUCCAACGAGCUGGUGAGACACUUCCUGAUAGAGUGCACGCCAAAGGGCGUCCGUCUGAAAGGCUGCCCCAAUGAGCCCUACUUUGGAAGCCUCACGGCCCUGGUGUGUCAGCACUCCAUCACUCCCCUGGCACUGCCUUGCAGACUCAUCCUGCCUGACAGAGACCCAGUGGAGGAGCUCAGUGAUUCUCCAGCACAGACAGCAACAAACUCAGCUGCUGACCUUCUCAAGCAGGGAGCGGCGUGUAACGUGUGGUACCUGGGCUCCGUGGAGCUGGAGUCCCUGACGGGACACCAGGCGGUGCAAAAGGCCACCACGGUGACCCUCACCAUGGACCCUCCGCCCCCCUCCACCGUGGUCCACUUUAAAGUGUCGGCUCAGGGAAUCACGCUCACGGACAACCAGAGGAAGCUGUUCUUCAGGAGACACUAUGCCGUCAACACAGUCAUCUUCUGCUCUCUGGACCCCCAGGGGAGGAAGUGGACACGAGACAGCGGAUCCACAGCAAAGAUCUUUGGAUUUGUUGCCAGGAAAUCACAGAGUGACACAGAGAAUAUGUGCCAUCUCUUUGCGGAGCACGACCCGGAGCAGCCAGCAAGCGCCAUCGUCAACUUUGUCUCAAAGGUUAUGAUUGGCUCCCAUAAAAAGUGAGGUUCUUAAGAGCUGAAGCCAAAGACUGUUUAAGGAUCGACUGAGACGCUGUUAACGGAAAAACAAUACCCAAACUUCUGAGUUUUUCUCUCCUUCAGAGAAUUGACUGCAAUUCUUCAUGCUACCACCAGAGGGAGAUGGACAUGUAAAACGUUCAUGUCAAAAAGGAAAUCAUUAUUUUAUUUUUUUCAUAAAAUGUAAAAACAUACAUAUACAAUUUUUCCACUAACAUUUACAACAAAAGUCUAUUUUUGCAGAAGUUUAACUGCAGUCGACUUGUUGGAGACAGUAUAUAAUGUCACAAAAAGUAAUCUCCUCUUCAGAUGAUUAUAAAUAUUUUUAGAAGUCGCUCUAAAAAUGACUCGCCACUCCUUUAAAUGAAAGAUGCAAUUGAGAUUUCCCGACCAAUAAACGUGAGCCGGUUAGAAAUCUGAUUUUUCUCUGUAUGUAUCAAGAAUGACAUGAGUUUUUUUUUUUUUUUAAGUAUUAUAUUUAUCACCCAUAACAGAUGUGUGGAAUGUCUUCUACUCAAAUAUGACUCCCAUAUAUUUUUGUACAUUUACACAUUCUGUACAUUCUGGUAAAAUAAGAGGAUCCUGUGUAAAGCCUACCAAAGGUUUGGGUUUUACUAAUAUAGUUGUCAAUACUUUACUCUACUUUAAUCUAGAGUUUUUUUUAUCUUUCUCUUUGAUGUGUACCUCUUUUUUUGUUUUUGCACAAUUAUAAAUUAAUGUAUUACCUCAAAAUAUAUGAAGUUCUCUUAUUAAAUGGUCUUAAAACUCUUUCCCAGGAAAA